AUUGCGAUAAGGCAAGCGAGAUCAAUAAGAAGCUAGUAGGAUCACUUGCGUGUUUUGUGGCAAUAUUAAUGCCCAUUCCAAUGAUCCUAAUUAAUUCGUUGACUAUUGAGAAAUUUUCUAUCUAAUUGUGGUGCAACAUGGUCGAAGAUACUACCACCAAAGUGUAUACUUUGGAAGAAGUGUCGAAACAAAAUGGAAAAAGUGAAAAAGGCACUGUUUGGAUUAUCAUCAAGGAUAAUGUGUAUGAUGUGACUGAUUACUUGGACGAACAUCCAGGUGGAAAAGAAACGAUAAUGGAGUUUGCAGGAAAAGACGCAACAAAGGAUUUUGUUGCUGCUGGGCAUUCCGGAGAUGCUAAAAAGGAGCUCAAAAGCUAUAAAAUUGGUGAAAUCGUAGAGGAGGAACGCAAGAAGAAAACUAAAAAGGCCGAUAACACCGUAGCUGUUUAUAAAAAUGAUAAAAUCAAAGAUGUUGAGACUGAAGAUGCACAGGACAGUGCCAAGAACAGGAGAAGUUGCAUUUCCAUCAUCACAUGUGGACUCUGUAAAUUUUCCUAGGACAUUCCUGAAUGAUUCAGAUGGAAUUGGAUCCUGUCAAUGUUAUGUAGAUGAAGGAGCAUAUUAUGCCUGCUAGAGAUUGAUUAUUAUUUAAUUUUAUUUAUCGAUUUAGCAAUCUCACAUGAAUCAUGAAGCUGUGUAUAUAAGUACAUGUGAAUCUGUAGGCACUAUUGAUAUGAUUAUAUUUCGAAUAUUGUGAUAAGAAAAAUUAUUGUUGAUAGUAUUGAGUAACUAUCAUUACACUUCAACUCAAUGCUAUAAAGGAUGAUUCACUUUACGUAGGCUACACGGUAUGCCAAUAGUUGGUACCAUAACUUUCUCGUUUUUAAUGAAAACCAAAAUUUUCUCCAAACUGUUCGGUUGGGUUUCUUCAUCUAAGUUUAGAAAACCUAAUUCAUGUCAGUUCAUCUAUCACAGGUUUAUUCCACAUCCAAACUUCUAAGGGGUGGCCUACGUGAAUUACCAUGUAUAUAUUUAGUGUUCUCUAAAUCUCCAUCAGAAUAUGAAUUUAUAAAACACUUGAUGGAAACUUGAACUCUGGAAUGA